GCCAGCCUCGAAACAAAGAUAGAGUUAAUAGAAAUAUUCUACCAUUUCUAUGAACGAAUCUUCUUUCCAGUAGGAUAAAGCCAGUCAGCCCAAUUCAGGGUCUUCUCGAAUUCCCAGAAAUUAAGGCAGCUUUCGAGUGGCGUCUCUCCCAGCUCUGUUACGCUUUUCACCCCGCCUUCGCUCUUCGAGUCGCAUUUUGCCAUUGGGUUUUACUACAAACUAACUUAACAUUCAUUAUCCAUUAUGUCGGACAAUAAGCUCGAGGCUGCUGAGCCGCAAGUGGCAGCACCCGCCCCUACCAACGACGAGGUUAAGCCUCCUAUCGCAGAUCAGGAUAUCAAAACUGAGCCUGCUACCGCAGACGAGCAGAUUAAGUCUGAGGCCAAGGCCAAGGAAGAAGAGGAUACCGCAAAGGCCAACAGCACCGAGAAGAGUGGGAAGGGAAGCGCCAAUGGACCCAGAUUUUAUGAGAAUGGGGUGUUGAAGACAACCGCCCAACAAAUCGAAGGAGCCAGUAACAGCAGAUACGAUCCUUCUAUUCUUGAGACGACCGACGAUGCAGCCAAGAUCCGUGGUCAGGUCGAAUUCUAUUUCAGCGAUUCAAAUCUACCACAGGACAAACACAUGAUGAAACUUACCGAAGGGAGCACUAACAAACCUGUCCCACUUAAGGAUAUCCAUGCAUUCGGACGUAUGAGACGAUUCCAACCAUAUUCCGCAAUUGUUUCCGCACUGAGAGAAAGCAAAUUCCUCAAUGUUACUGGGGAAGAAGGCGCUGAGAUGAUCAGCCGGAAAAUCGCAUACGACCCUACAACCCCAAGAUCCAAGACCGAGGCUAGAUCAGUCUAUGUCAAAGGCUUUGGCGACGAAGAGCCUAGCUCGCAGUUCGAUAUUGAAGCUUUCUUCUCUCAAUUCGGCUCUACCAACGCUGUCCGUCUCCGUCGUACUGAUCAAAAGCUGUUCAAGGGCUCCGUCUUCGUCGAGUUUAGCGAUGAAGAGACUGCGCAGAAGUUCCUUGCCCUUGACCCCAAGCCUCUAUGGAAGGGGAAGCACAUUCUCCAGAUUAUGUCAAAGAAGGCGUACCAAGAUCUGAAGGACCAGGAGAUUCGAGAGGGCAAGGUCCAACCAAGCGAGUCUUGGGGACCAAGAGGCCGUGGAAAAGGAAGAGGUGGGGGACGAGGAGGUCGUGGACCCAGAAAUGAUCGUGGUGACCGUGACAAGGGUGAUCGCGAUCCUAAUGAUUGGAAGAAGCGACGGGAGGACGACCGCGCCAAUGGAUUUAAGGAUAAUCGAGGCGGCAAAAACAAUCGGGGUCAGAGAGGGGGACGCCGUGGACGUCGUGAUGACAGAGGGCCCCGCAACAAUGACCGAAAUGAGGAGCGUGCUGAGAAGAAUGGUGACGAACCCAAAGCUAAGGAGGAGGCGCCUGAAAGGGUCGAGAACGAGAAGAAACGCGCACGCGAGGACGACGGCGCCGAGGAGAAGCCAGCAAAGAAAGUUGAUAACAAGUCUGAAGUUCCAGCCGAAACCUCAUGAUACCCCAGAGCUUACGUUUCUUUUGAAAUUCCUUUAACGGCAUGUUUCACACGGGUUUCUCAUGCAUUGUUCAAGGGGUGUAUCAUCCGGCGUUUUAUCUGGGGAGGAACAAGUGUCGGGAGAUAAAUAACGGGACCUUCUGCAUUUCUGUCUCUUUUGCUGUGUGUCUGCGCUUAGCUCUACUCUUUGUUGUGCACUUUGGCAUACAAAGAGGAAUUUAUAUAUCGCAGCGUUGUUGUUGUGGGUAUGAUGGAGCAAAAAGCAGGGUAUCUACAAUCAUAGACCAAAUUUGAGGCACAUUGGAGCCAUAUUGCAAUUCUUCC